GCCAACCAUGCCCAACAAAUCAUGUCAGAGAGCUCUCACGGCAAGACAGCUCACCCGGGCCUCGAUGGCCCGGCAGCCGCCUCUGUCACGGGCCCGCCACCCUCGACCCUUGCUGCCCAGCUCGUGGAAAACAUCUCGACGAGCACCAAGUCGUCGCGGUCGGACGACAGCAACGAGCUCAAAGGGCUGGUCGCCAUCGCCCAGCGCAUGAUCGGCAAUCCGAACCUCUUGACAACUGACGCUGAAAAGCUGGCUCAUAAUCACAUGCUGAUCUACAUUUACUGUCGCGGGGUCCUCGAAGAGAUCAAGCUCGGCGACCCAUUCAUCGACCGAGCCCAUGUGUGCGGGGAGGUCGUUGACGCCCUGAAGUUCCUGCGCUUCACCAUCAAAGACGCACCGGCUCUUCUGGUAUACGUCAACGAGGAGCAGGGGCUGCUGCAUCGGGGCAAAGCGCCGCUCUGGAUGUGGCUCCUGCCACGCCUCCUUCGGAUUCUGGGGCACGCGGACCUUGCGGAGCUUGAAACCCACAUUGAGGCAUUCCUACAGUAUUUGCUCCUGGUGAUUUGCACAAGCUCAUUCUGGGAUUUGGCUUUCCCGUUUAGUCAAUAUUUGCGAGCGUGUUUAACCGGCCUUCUUGAUCAUAUUCAAGACCCGCAGAGCAGUCCGCCGAGUGCAAAAAACACUACCCUCAUCCAGCUGCCGCCGCAGUUUGCCGUCGGCCAGACCUUUGGAAACCUACAUUCGGAUGACGCGCAGCGAAUUACAUACAUCGUUCGUUCCACACGGCAGGCCCUUCACCAGGCGACAAGCCUCGCGCGGGUUCUGGCAUAUCCAUUCGUGUCACAAGAGCCUUCCUUCCUGUUCAACGCGUCCUUUGCGCAAAAUGGACCCUGGCUCAUGGAUACAUGGCUCGACCUCCGCCAAGUGCAAAAGAAGUGGGAUGGAAAUGUUCCCGAGUCGCCAGUCCCUUUGAUCGAAACGGCGCUGGACAUUGCCAGGUGUCAAAUUGUUGAUGUAGAGCUUGUGGCACCCAUGAAGAACAAAGCUUAUGCCCUUUUGAUACUGUUAUGCAGCGAACUCAUCUCCUCUCCAGGGGAGCUGGUGCGCAUAGGCUCGGAAGGCGAGCAAGUUCGAGUGCUUUAUUGCAAGGCCCUCGUCGCUAUCGCGGCGGCUUCGAUACAGUCAUAUGCGGUCGGAAGAUUGGCAGCGUCCAAGCUUGCUCAAGAGCUUGCGCUGCUCUCUUCCCAACACGCAGUGAUUGGCGAAGACACAGACCUCUGGAGAUGCACCAAGCUGCUCCGCCAAGCUAUCCAUUCCAACGCGGAGGAUCCCUUCGAUGACGCCACACGACCAUCCAACUUCCAGAGCCAGGAAGUCCGCGAAUGUGUUCAAGCACUGAGCCUCGUUUAUGAGGAGCCAUCUCUGGUGGCGGAGGGCCCAAAGAGAAGAAAGAUAUCUGUUCCAGACCAUGAUGCGAUGCAUCUGCUCAUAGAAGGGAUACGGGAGACACUGCACAUUGAAUCCACAAUUGAGGACGACGGAAGCGGGCUUGAGGAGCAUUAUCUAAAGGCUUUCGAGGCGUGCGACGAGCCAAAGUGCCAGUCUCUCGCUUUGGACCUGCUUUCCCGAAUGUGCUGCAUCGCCGAUGAUGCUAUGCAUAUCUCCAAACCAAUCACCUCGCCUGAUAGCAUUAUAUGUGCUGUCUGCGAUAAUGGCAAACCUGUUAGCGUCGCCGGUUUGACGGCUCAGGGGUGGAAGACCCGGGUCAUUACAAUACUGGGGAGCGUCAUUCAUUUGCCCAUACUGCAAGAAACUCGGGUUUCCCGUGUCGCCGCCAUGAUCGCAUUAAGACGACUUUUGCAACAUAGCAAUGAGCUCUUGGACCUCGAACAAUCCGCGCUGGGAAAGUGGUGCCUGCAAUCCCUGAACAGUUCUAUACGAGAGCUCAGAGUCGCCGCUGGGAGAGCGUUGGCCAUGUUCACGUCUAAUAUCGCCGGCCAGCAAGUGGAUACAGACAUCCUAUCGCGAAACCGCGUCUAUGCCAUAGCUGCUCUGAGAACCAUGUCCGAGGAUGAUCAACCUAAAAUGGUCGAAACUCGCAUCAUGGCUUGGGGCCAGUUGGGUAGGACUGCCACCGAGAACGAGCUGACACUCGUCUUGAUCAAGCUUGUUGAGUACCUGGGUAGCAGUAACAUUAUCGUCUCAGCCUUUGCAUUCAACGAGAUCCUCGGUCUUGCUGAAUACCGUGCGGCUACACCACGCCGCCUAUUUGAACCAAACUGGAAGAGUAUGGCAUACAUGGUUACCAAAGACAUGGUGCAGCGUCCCCAGCGAAGCAGAGCUAUUGCCGAACUACUCCAAAUUUCGGUCAACGAGCUGCUGUUGCUCAUUCAAACGCACGCUUUGCCCUGGCUGGUUCUUGACAAACGACAAGACGUCAUACAGAAGAUUGCUGAGGCGCGGCGUGAGAACGAACCAUGGCAACCCCUUCUCGACGGCGCGAAUCUCGCGGCAACGCUGGCGCUCCUGCUUGUACACGACCCAGACAAGAUGCAGGAGUUUACCAAGUCUCGGCUUAAUGAAAUUUCGCCGCACUUCCAUUCGUUAACAUUGCUCGACCUUUUCCAGUCAGAGCCAGUGCUGAUUGCCAUGGAGCUCUUGAAGUCUGCAGCUUCUUCAGACCCUGCAAGGCGGAAAGUGGUUCACAAAGCUUUGCAACUCAUGGCCAGUACCAUACUCGGCAACACCAGGGAAACGAAAAGCAAAAAGGACAAUACUAUUGGCAGAUUCUUGCAGAGCCACAUGCUGGGUCUUGUCGCGCGGUUAGCGGACGUUAUCAACGAUCCCGUAACGGCUCAUCCUCUCAUGUUGGAGCAAAGAAUCUGCAUCCAGACAAUGGAGGAGAUGAUCAAAGUGUGCAAGUCAUAUGCAAGAAUAGCGAGGCCACAGAUGUCCGCAUGCCUCGUCUCCGCCAUUUCACAGGAGACGCUGCGUGCGGCGAGUUUCUCAUGUUGGGUGGCGCUGCUCACUCAUCUAGAUGAUGAAGAUGUCCAGGCACUUAUUGAAACGACCUUUUUCAUCGUCAAACACUACUGGCCCACCUUUGACGGUGCAACUUCCAAAGCUGCGAGGGAAAUGCUCACUCACUUACUCCAAGAGCAUCACAAUAUCGUCGAGGAAUACAUUUGCAAGCUACCUUCAUUAUCACACAUUGAUGAUCUAGCCAGCAUCGACUCUAAACUGAUGUCACUGCGACCUGCCAUGGCAAUGGACCAGUCCUUGGGCGUGUUCGCCGAGCGGCUCGCCCACGAUAACUCCGGCGUCGUACACCAGGCUCUGACGGAGCUAGUGCCAUUCCUACGAGACAAUCAGAGCAGCCUAUACACGUCUGCUGUGAGUCAGAUGCCUGACAGAGCGAUCACCGGCAUCCUCAGGGCUCUGCUAGACUGUGCCUCAAAAUACAACGGUUUCCAGAUGGACAUUUCGCGACUGUGCGUCGAGUCGAUUGGACUGAUUGGCUGCCUGGACUCGAAUCAGAUCGAAACCGUCAGGGAGAAGCGUUCGAUUGUCGUCUUGCACAACUUCGAGGACCCAGGAGAGACGACAGACUUUGUCUUGUUUCUCCUUCAGGAGGUUCUUGUUCCCUCCUUUCUGUCGGCCACAGACACGAAACUGCAAGGAUUCUUGUCUUACGCGAUGCAAGAGCUAUUGGACCGGAGCGACGUGAAGACCUCCGUUGCCCAACAGAACAUUGGCAGAGUAGAUGGAGAAAGCAUCUAUCGGAAAUGGGUGGCUCUGCCUGAAAACACCAGGGAGGUACUGACGCCCUUCAUGAGUUCACGCUAUAUGGUGGCGCCCAUGCCACUAGUGACGGUGGAGUACCCGAUAUUUCACGCUGGAAAGCCAUACGUCAACUGGCUUAGGUCAUUUGUCGUGGACCUGUUACGCAAAGGACAGAAUGGCUACGCCGAACUCAUGUUUGAGCCGCUGACCCGCGUCAUUCGCGUCAAGGACCUGUCCACUGCGGAGUUUCUGCUUCCAUAUCUGGCGUUGCAUGUGUUGAUUGGAAAUCAGAGCACGCCUGAGGAGAGGCAGCAGCUUGUGGGUGAGAUAAUGGGCAUUCUCGAGCACCGGCCGGUAGAUGAUGCGUCGUACAUGGAGAAGGAAGAAUCGAAGCGAUUCUGUCAUGCUGUCUUUAGGAUUCUGGACUACGCGAUGAGAUGGAUUCAGGAGAAGCGGGCAUCUGGCAAACUAUCUUCCGCAGGUCGAGAGAUAGUUACCCGGAUUCAGAAGAUAUUGGAUGGUAUCCCCGCGGAGCUGAUCUCUCAGCGAGCGACCGACUGCAAUGAGUACGCCAGAGCCCUGUUCCAUCUGGAACAGCACGCGCAAAUUUCAGAGCAGCGGAAGGGUGAGCCCGGCGCUCAUGAUCGCCUGCUCGAUCGCCUCCAGGACAUUUACGCCAAUAUUGACGAACCUGAUGGCCUAGAGGGAAUCUCAGCCCACCUUCACGACCUCGAUAUCAAUCAGCAGAUUCUCAGCCACAAGAAGGCCGGUCGAUGGGACGCGGCACAGACGUGGUACGAGAUGCAACUGGCAGAGAAGCCGGACAACGUCGAUGUUCAGCUAGACCUCCUCAACUGCCUCAAGCAGGCUGGACAGCACGAUGUGCUGUUGAACCACGUCGAGGGCAUGAACACGUCCAGUGAUAACAAGGUCAUGCCGUAUGCUGUAGAGGCCGCAUGGGUCACUGGCCGGUGGGAAAGUCUCGCCAAAUUCACGAGCAGAUUCCAGGGCAACAUUGUUGAAGACUUCAACAUCUCCAUCGCAACGCUGUUCGAGGCAUUGCGCAAGCAUUGCACGCGCGAGUCGUUUGACAGAACCGUUCGCAGCCUGAGGGACAAGAUUGCCAUGGAGAUGACGGCAUCAGCGACGGCAUCAUUGCAAGCCGCACACGAGCUUCUGCUAAGAUGCCACGUACUGACUGACCUAGAAAUCAUUGUUGGAUCCACGUCUGGGGCAGAGACCGAGCGGCGAAAGACGAUGGGCCUCUUGGACGGCCGUCUGGAGUUGAUCGGUGCAUACUUUGGUGACAAGCAAUACCUUUUAGGCAUCAGAAGAGCUGCGAUGGAGCUAACGCGGCCAAAUUUUGGUCCCAUGGACGUCUCGUCCCUGUGGCUAGCCAGCGCCAGGCUUGCCCGGAAAACCAACUCGCUGCAUCAAUCUUUCAAUGCCGUUGUGCAUGCGUCGCAGCUCGGCGAUGAUGCUGCUACCAUUGAGAAUGCCAAGUUGCUCUGGCGAGACAAGCAUCAUCGGAAAGCCAUCCAGAUGCUCCAGGGCGCCAUCGAACGCAACAAGCUUAUGACACAGACCGGCAAUGGCACGAGCUUCUCUGGCACAGGCACAGGCAAACUGACUCCGCAGCAAAAAAUGGUUACUGCCCGGGCGCAACUGCUGCUCGCCAAGUGGCUCGACGCCUCGGGACAGUCGUAUGCCGGUGCCCUGCGAGAGAAGUACCAACAGCCGCCGAAGACGCAUACCACGUGGGAGAAGGGCCACUACUACCUUGGCCGACAUUACAAAAAGGUUCUGGAAGCGGAGCAGUCGCUCAAGGCCGAUGAGCAGACGGACAACUAUCUGUCGGGCGAGAUCGCAAGGCUUGUCAUUGAGAACUACCUCAGAUCUCUCAAUUCGGGGACGAAGUAUCUCUACCAGACAUUGCCGAGAAUCCUCACCCUAUGGCUGGAUCUCGGUGCACAGACCGACAAGGCGCCGGAGGGCAAGACAUCGCUCUCUCGAGAGCUGCAUAGGAGACGUGUCGAGCAGCUCAACCUCCUGCACGCGUUCCUCGACAAGUACAUACACCGGCUGCCUGCGUACAUCUUUUACACGGCGCUGCCGCAGCUGGUGGCUCGCAUUGCACACCCAAACCCCAACGUCUUUGACCGACUCACGCACAUCAUCGUCAAGGUUGUGGAGGCGCACCCGCGGCAGGCCCUCUGGAGCUUGAUGGGCAUCAUCACGACGCGCCAGGCGUCGGAGCGGAGAGCUCGAGGUGCCCAAAUUCUGCAGACGCUUCGGACCAUAUCGAGAAAGGUCGAGGGAGGUGCCUACGAUUUGAAGCAGCUGAUUAGGGCCGGAGAGAAGCUGGCAGAGCAGCUCCUCCUCGCGUGCCAAAUCGGCGAGUUUCAGGGCAGCAAAGCCGUGCACGCGAGCCUCACCCGCGACCUCCGGUUCCAGCACAAGUGCACGCCGUGCCCGCUCGUCGUGCCGGUGGAAGGCUGCCUCACAGCGACACUCCCGGCCGUGUCGGAACAGAUCAAGAAGCACAAGGCAUUCUCGCGGGACGUGGUGACGAUUGACUGCUUCCUCGACAACGUGCUGGUGCUGAGCUCGAUGCAGCGACCAAAGCGCAUCACGGCGCGCGGCACAGACGGCAAGAAUUACAUGCUCCUGCUUAAGCCAAAGGACGACCUUCGAACGGACCAGCGGCUGAUGGAGUUCAACGGCAUCAUCAACAGGUCGUUGAAGCGAGACGCCGAGUCGAGCCGGCGGCAGCUGUAUAUACGGACGUACGCGGUAGUGCCGCUGAACGAGGAGUGCGGCAUCAUUGAGUGGGUUCCGGGCAUCAAGACGAUGCGCGACAUCCUCCUAGGGCUGUACGCGGCGCAAAAGAUCCACAUCGACUACAAUGCGAUCAAGCACCUAAUGCAAGAGGCGGCGAGCUCGGAGAGCAAGAUCCGGCUCUUCACGGACGACGUGCUCGGGCGAUUCCCGCCGGUGCUGCCGACGUGGUUCAUCCAGCAGUUCCCGAACCCGUCGGCGUGGUUCGCGGCGCGGCUCAAGUACACGCGGUCAUGCGCCGUCAUGUCCAUGGUGGGCACGAUACUGGGGCUGGGCGACCGACACACGGAGAACGUCAACCUGGAGGAGGGCAACGGCGGCGUGUUCCACGUCGACUUCAACUGCCUCUUCGACAAGGGGCGGACAUUUGCGACGCCGGAACGGGUCCCGUUCAGGCUCACGCACAACAUGGUGGCGGCCAUGGGCAUCUACGGCUACGAGGGGCCGUUUAGGAAGUCGUCGGAGCUGACGCUGAGCAUCCUCCGGCAGCAAGAGGAGACGCUGAUGACGAUCCUGGAGGCCUUCAUCUACGACCCCACGCUGGAUCUCCAGAGGGAGAAGCGGGCGUCGAAGCGAAGCGACACAGGGGUGCGGCUGCAGCCGCAAAGCGUGGUGGACAGCAUCAGAAGAAAGGUGCGAGGGCUGUUGCCCAACGAGAGCAUCCCGCUCAGCGUCGAGGGGCAGGUGGACGAGCUGAUCAAGCAGGCGGUGGAUCCACGAAACUUGACUGCCAUGUAUCUGGGGUGGUGCCCGUUUCUGUAGCGUCAUGUAUAGAGGUAAUGGGACGAAGAGCAUGGACGAAGAGGCAGAGGCGCUCACCGGCGUGAGAGGGACAACACGGCGCCCUGUCGCGUCCGCUCGCGGUGACGUACGAAUGAGGUGAGCGUUCGACUCGCGGUGAAGCAUCAGCUUGGCCGUUGUGGAAACCCACGAUGAUUGGGUCCAACCGAAACCGGAUUGGGGUCCAGAAAUUCAACUGC